AUGGCUCCCGUGCCCCCCGCGCUGUUCAAGGCCCGGGGAACCACCCUGCGCGCGGACGAGUACCUUCGCGGCGUGAACCCCGUGGGCACCGUCCACCGGGGCCCGCUCAGCGCGUUCGGGCGUCAGGAGAUCAGCGCGCUUCGCACCGAACCCUCCGUCGCAUUUUCCCGCACCGACCGACUGGAGGCCAUCCGACCGUUCUCCAUCGAGUACUUCCUCCCGGGCGAGGGUAACAGAGCCUACGCGGCAUCGCACGCGCGCGAGUACCUCGCCAGGCACGAGGCGGAGGGCCUGGACCGGUUCGCCAGGCCCGCGGUGAGCGAGCCCCCGGAGCCGCGGUGGAAAACCUUUGGCAGGUCGGGGACGCACCACGAUUUCGCCAAGACGCAGGCUCGCGGCGGCCAUCUCCCGCUCAAGCCCGACUGGCCCAACAAGAACGAGUCGCGGUGGGGCGCCGCCGAGCGCCUGCACAGACCCCUCGACGGCGGCCACGACCUCGUCCAGUACAGCAGCUUCGCGAGGCAGAGGCUGAGCACGCACGCGAACUCGCCGAAAGCGUACGUCGACAUCGGCGCCGCCACCACCCGCGCCGAGCGAGGCCGCCAGACCCUCGGACGCGCCCACGACGAGCGCUCCGCCGCCCUCGGCGCGUGCAGCCCCGGGCCGCAGGUCCCGCGCGACAGGGACGGGUUCGCUUUGGGCGCCGUCGGCCGGCAAAUCGAAGCCGGGCGGGUCACCGAGCCGAGAGCCGUGGUGGGAUCCAACUCGAGGGUCACCGCGCCGACGUGGGCGCCCGCGGGGGUCAAGGGCGGGGACUGGACCAGGCCGGUGCGUCCGGACCCGAGCGUCCCGGGGCCGGGUGCGUACCACGAGACGUUCGAUUUCAGGCGAACGCGCGGGGAGCGGGGAAACGGGGAUGGAUCGGGACGUCGAUCGACGGGGAGGAGGACGCAUCGUCAGCUGAUUACGGGGGAAGCGGCGAUUGCGGAUGAGAGGGAGCGGCGAUUGGCUUCGUCGUUCAACCCGAAGGAUGCCGGCGCGUACUGGGGCUCGAGCGGGCGCGGGACGCUUCCGUCGUUGUCGUCGUCGUCGUCGCCAGCUGUGCCGCCGCUCGGAAGCCUGGGUGGUGGGUCUCCGGCGCGAACGUACCCGGUGAGCGGGAAAGAGAUUCGCGCGAGGACGAGGAGCGGUCGGUGGACCCCGCGAGACGAACAGAGGGGCCGGGCGAGGAGGCUCCUCGGGCGGGCGUCGCCGGCGCCAUGA